CGCGCGCCGCCUGGCCCCGGCGGAAAGUUUUCCCUGACGGAGUUUUGGCUGCUGCGGAGGCGGCAGCGCGGCGGCCCGGAGAGGCCAUGGACGCGCUCAAGUCCGCCGGGCGGGCGCUGAUCCGGAGUCCCAGCCUCGCCAAGCAGAGCUGGGGGUGCGGCGGCGGCCGGCACCGGAAGCUGCCUGAAAACUGGACAGACACCCGGGAGACACUGCUCGAGGGUAUGCUGUUUAGUCUCAAGUACCUGGGCAUGACGCUGGUGGAGCAGCCCAAGGGUGAGGAACUGUCAGCCGCCGCCGUCAAGAGGAUCGUAGCCACGGCCAAGGCCAGUGGGAAGAAGCUGCAGAAGGUGACUCUCAAGGUGUCGCCCCGAGGGAUCAUCCUUACAGACAACAUCACCAACCAGCUCAUUGAGAACGUGUCCAUUUACAGAAUCUCCUACUGCACGGCAGACAAGAUGCACGACAAAGUGUUUGCGUACAUCGCGCAGAGCCAGCACAACGAGAAUCUCGAGUGCCACGCCUUCCUCUGCACCAAGCGGAAGAUGGCCCAGGCUGUCACCCUCACAGUAGCCCAAGCCUUCAAAGUCGCCUUUGAGUUUUGGCAGGUAUCCAAGGAAGAGAAGGAGAAGAGAGAGAAAGCCAACCAAGAGGGAGCGGAUGUCCUGGGCGGGGGCCGCCAAGACAGCGCCCCUUCGUUGAAGAGCCUGGUCGUCACUGGGAACCUGCUAGACUUGGAAGAGACGGCCAAGGCCCCACUGUCCACGGUCAGCGCCAACACCACCAACAUGGAUGAGCCACCGCGGCCUCAAGCCUUAAACAGCAGCAGUGUUGUCUGGGAGCUGGAUGACGGCCUGGAUGAAGCAUUUUCAAGGCUGGCCCAGUCUCGGACGAACCCUCAGGUCCUGGACACUGGGCUGACGGCGCAGGACAUUCAUUACGCCCAGUGCCUCUCGCCUGUCGACUGGGACAAGCCUGACAGCGGUGGCGCCAAGUCAGACGACCUCUUCAACUUCUGAGGCCUGGGGCUGGCAGGACACGUGACAAACCAAAGCUCCCCACGUUUGGGGUGGGGGCCAGCUCUGGACACCCGCCCCCGGCCACCCUCCUCCAGUCGGCAGCGCUGUCAGCCUGAAGAUCAAAGCUGCAGCCAGUCAAGCAGAGGGAAGGAGAGAUUUUUUUUUUUAAAACCCCGUUCUUUCUCUAAGAACUGAAAGAUGCCUUGAAUAUUUAUUCAAUGACUCCUGGUUCCAGAAGCCGGUUUGGCAUCAGGCACGAACGCAGUGUGGUAACCAGCUUCCUGCCCUCUCUUGUGUGAGCGCUGCUCGCUGUGGGUGUCAGGAUGGUGACCAAAGCAUUUCUUGUCCCUUCUCUCUGAGGGCCCAAAUUUCCCUGGGGGCGCCCCUGCUCCUUACUGAAAGGAGGUGGGUCCUUCGUUUCUGCCACCCUUUGAGCACAGGAGGGCCCUGCCGCCCCGGGAGAAGACACUUCGUCCCGCUCACCUUCCUGGCAGGCCCCAGCAGGCUGGGGCUUGAGCUCCUGGCCCCAGGGGAGCUCAAAGAGACAGGGGCAGCCCCUGACCAAAGACAGCACAUGGCAGGCACUUUAGAGCACUCACCGCAGGUGCGGGCUCCCGCUCCGCGAUGGUGCUGCAUUGUGUAGAGCUUUCUUUCUGCCCUUCUUCCAAGAGAAGGGGCCCAAAGUCCCCAUGGAGGGUCCCCACCAGUGCUGGGAACCAGUGUAACUGGCUGCCCACGGACUCCUAGAGUCUGUCUGCGACGAUGGGGUCAUCUGUGUGAUCGCCUCCAUCCUGCCCUUCCCCCUCCCAACACUGCUGUUGGGUCUGAGCCCCACCUCCCCAUACUUCCUGAGAUGACAAGCGAAACUUAACACCUAGAUUUGUUCUGUGACUCCUUGGUCGUAAGUUUCAGAUGAGGAGACUUGAGACCACACGUGUGGAAGAAGUUAGAGUCGAGAGUAGAACCCAGAUCUGGUGCCAAAGCUGCCUUCUCACCCGCAUCUCUCACAACUCGCACCUCCUUUUUUUUUUUUCCUAGCUUUGUUGUCCUCCCAGGAACCAAAAAGCACCAGCUAUUUUCUGACCAAAAUGUGUUUCAUAACAAACCAUCUGGUGCCUUUACACGCAGAACUGGCAUGAGCCUGCGUGCCCUGCUAAACUGUCUUGCUGUUGAUUUCCGUGAAAAUGGAAGUGUUUGAAGUCUGCUAAUUCAGAGGGUGAAGCAAAAUCAAACUUCGUAAGCAUCACGCGGUUCCUUCCUGACGUUCCAACCCCAGGUCGGUGCCAGCAGCAGCCCGUCUUCAGAAUCUACCCCCUCCGCUCUCGCACAGGCUCCCAGCAAAGCCACCAGCACACCCUCCAUCCUCAGGUGCCUCCCAGGCCUGGCUUUACCAAGCUGAAGUCCCUGGAGGUAGUCGGAGCAGGUUACACCAGCCUAGGAAACACCAUUUUUUUAGAUUUUGUGUAUCUAACUAAGCACUGGAAUCAGAGCACAGUCAGAAAUGCCUGGGUGAGACGUGGGGUGGAAUUGUCUUUCUCAGAAUGUGGCCCUGGCCCAGCUUCCGCUCCCCAGCCCAGACCUCCUUGGUGUCAGCCCCUGUGUCUGUCAUGAGGCAGCAGGGAUCGGGCCUGACACAGGCCGCCCCCUGGCAUGGGGGUUCAGAGGCCGGAGAAAGGCCGUGCUGUGUUUGUGUGACCCGCAGCGAGGCCUCGAGCUGGUCUCUGGCCGGCAGCGGUCAGCGUGCUCCCCGUGUGUCUGCAGAGUUUGUGCUUUCUUGGCGUUGCUGUAAAGGAAUUCUAAAGAGGAAAAAAGAAAUAAGUAGUAAAUGUUCUCUUUCUGAGGACCGAGUACUCGGCUGGAGCGGCCUCUGGCGGACCCUGCCCUGGGGUGGUUGGAGCAGUGGUGACCACAGGCCCAGACGUGGGGAACAGUGGUCUGUGGUCCCGCAGAUGAAGCCAGCAGGCCCUCUUUUCACUGGCCGAUGGGCUAUGUAAGGUCACCUCUGGGUAUCGUAGUGAGCUCAGCCCUGGAGAGGUCUCUGAGGGUCUAGGUCAAGGCCCCUAACCAGGAUCUAUGACCCCCUUGAAAUACCCGUGGCCACACAUACAUUUUUCUUGGGAAGGAUGUCAGUCAUUUUUCUCACCCUCUCAAAUGAGGCCAUGAUAUUUAUUCAUUUGACAGACUUUGUGCUAAACUCAAACCAGGCCUGGGACUUGGUGCUGGGGACUGAGUGGUCCAGACACCUUGUCCAUGUGGACUCAGGACACUGGCGCGGGUGAUUGGGGUUGGUGGGAAGUGCAUUUUGGUGACUUGGAAGACCCACCGUCUAGCUCUGGCUUUGCUGCCUGGGGCUAUAACUGGAUCCAUGACUUCUUUUCUUGAGCCUCAGUUUCCCCAUCUGGGAAAAGGGUACAACCAUCACGACCCUUUUCUGCCUCCCUGGGUUUUGUGAGACUUGAGUGACAGUUAUCAUAUUGGUGAUGGGCGUAGAUGGUUCAGAGGUUAUCCCAGACAAAAGGCAGUUUGGACCAAACAUAUUUAAGGAAGUCAAAGUAAAACUGACAGUGGUGGCCACCGUUAACCGAGCUCUCCUCCUCUGCCCUUGGCUGUGCCAGGCUGUCAGCUCUGCCUCGUCACACUGCUCCUCUUGAGGCCAGGUGGUUCUCACUCGCUUUCCUGCUACAGGCGCUGAGGCUACAGGCCACGCGGCCAGAACUCGGCCGAGGAGACACACAGCCGCAGGUCUGUGUGACCCUCCACUCUGCCAUGUCCCAGUCCCCCAGCAGCCACGUCUGUGGUCACGCUGCCUGUGGCCUCCAUCUUCAGGCUCGGGGGGGGGGGGGGGGUCCUCCUCAGACAUUUAUCUCUUUGUCCCUUUCAAACGGUUAUAAUAAAAGUCUCCGGAACGCAA